UUCUGCUCUAUUUGGUGUUCCAUUCAUGUGUAAGCUCAUUCUGACUAUUCAAAGGUGUGAUCGCUAUAGGAAAAUAUAAAAAAUGCCGAAAUCAAAGACAGCGUUGAUAUGAAGUAUCUACUGUUACAACUGUUACGACUAAAAUGCACAACUCCCGUUGUCUCGCCGCUGUCAAUAACAAUUUUAAGUAACCACACCCAGAAUCACCAGCCGAAACGAAACAUAACCAAUCGGGACGUAUAAGACCUGGUUCGGGAGCGAUCUUCAUUGUGUACACAGCCGCCAGGGGUUACAUAUACGUGUAUAUUUUAAGGUGCGAGUUAUAUUUUCCCUUCCCGGUUUGUGCGUUGAAGGAUGGAUUGGUUAUGAGAAGACAACGCAGCUUUGGAAACUUACGACAACGAUGAAGAUUUUUGUGAUAUUGUUUGUGACACUGCAAACAUGCAGUGCGCAUUUGGUUCUAACGUUUCCACCAGCGAGAAAGUAUGCCUUGGAUUUUCUUGACAACUUCAGAACAUCAGCUCCGUGUGGAGUUCCCCGUGGUUUUGGUCCAGUGACUGAAUUCAAAGCUGGCUCUCAAGUGAAGGUGACUUGGCAUCUGGCAUAUCCGCAUCAGGGUGGAUUUUACCUUCAAGUUCUGGACAAAAGUAACAGGGAGGUCGUUCGGUACCAACAGGAUGGUGUGGUCAUGUCGUCCCCUGGGAGUGUACCAGAGCCUACGGGAGAACCUGAAGGAGAACCAACAGCAGAGCCUGCAGGAGAACCAACAGCAGAGCCUGCAGGAGAACCAACAGCAGAGCCUGCAGGAGAACCAACAGCAGAGCCUGCAGGAGAACCAACAGCAGAGCCUGCAGGAGAACCAACGACAGAGCCUGCAGGAGAACCAACGACAGGGCCUGCAGGAGAGCCAACAGCAGAGCCUGCAGGAGAACCAACAGCAGAGCCUGCAGGAGAGCCAACAGCAGAGCCUGCAGGAGAACCAACAGCAGAGCCUGCAGGAGAACCAACAGCAGAGCCUGCAGGAGAACCAACAGCAGAGCCUGCAGGAGAGCCAACAGCAGAGCCUGCAGGAGAACCAACAGCAGAGCCUGCAGGAGAGCCAACAGCGGAGACAGGGACAAACACUGGAGGCACUGUCGACCUCAUCGGAUACAACGACACAACCAUGGUGGAGUACACAAUCACCCUCCCCGACAUCGAGUGUGACGGCUGUACUCUUAGGAUGAUCAGACAGGCCCUGGAAUGGGGAUCGUGUGCCUCCCAGUAUCUCUUCUGGAGCUGCGCCGACAUAAACAUCGUUAAAGAUAACAAUACUGAUCCGAAGACAAACUGCUCCGGGCAAGGAACAUGGAAAGAUGGCCUCUGUUCCUGUAACAAUCUGUACAAGGGGGAUCUCUGCCAGUACAAAGAUGACUGUGAAAUAGACAGUGAUUGUGGCGGACAUGGACAAUGUGAGGACACCCAGGCGACGUCCUACCCUCGCUUUCAGUGCUACUGUGACGUGGGAUGGUUCGGCAAGAACUGUCAGCAGGAGUCCAAGGUGACCACGACGAAUAUUGACUACAGUCAGUACGAGAUGAGAACCUUGAGCCCUGAGUAUGAACUGUACUACAGAGAAAUAACGGCUGAACAAGAACUGGAGGUUGUGAUGAAAGUGAAGAGCACUACCUGGGUAGGCAUUGGAUGGAAACCUACAGAUUUCAGAUCAGGAUGUCAGUCGUUCCCGAACUUUCCUGGUGCACAACCAAACACAAAUGCAGAGCCAGAAUCUGAAGCAGAGCCGGAAUCAACAUCUGAACCAGAACAUGAAGCAGAACCCGAAUCUACAUCUGAACCAGAACAUGAAGCAGAACCCGAAUCUACAUCUGAACCAGAACAUGAAGCAGAGCCGGAAUCAACAUCUGAACCAGAACAUGAAGCAGAACCCGAAUCUACAUCUGAACCAGAACAUAACGCAGAGCCGGAAUCAACAUCUGAACCAGAACAUGAAGCAGAACCCGAAUCUACAUCUGAACCAGAACAUAACGCAGAGCCGGAAUCAACAUCUGAACCAGAACAUGAAGCAGAACCCGAAUCUACAUCUGAACCAGAACAUAACGCAGAGCCGGAAUCAACAUCUGAACCAGAACAGGAACCAGAGCCGGAAUCUACAUCUGAACCAGAACAUGAAGCAGAACCCGAAUCAACAUCUGAACCAGAACAUGAAGCAGAACCCGAAUCUACAUCUGAACCGGAACAGGAACCAGAGCCGGAAUCUACAUCCGGUUUGGCAUUGCCAUCAUGUACCAUAAGAGCUUCCUCUUUUACAGGUGGCACACCAAAUCCCGAACCCAGUGCAGAAGGCGAACCAAGUGCAGAAGUCGAACCCAGCGCAGAAGCCGAACCCAGGCCCGAGGGCGAACCUACUCCAGAAAGUGAAACUAGGCCUGGAGUUUCAGGCGUUGUAACUCGCGGAAACAAGGAAGGUUCCCGCACACACCCUAUGGACUGCACGGAUAUGGUGAUCGGGUCUGCCCGGGGGAUGAGGAGCAGGGUGGGAGAUUAUUACACCAGGGACAGGUCCACCCCUCAACAUGAUGACUUCUAUGGUGGAAAUAACAGUCUCACAGCUGCUCUCGGCUUUGAGGAGAACGGUUAUACUGUUAUCCUGUUCAGGAAGAAACUCACUGCCACCGAGAGGACUGACUACAGUAUUGACGAGGUCCCUAUGUCUGUGAUCUGGGCAAGAGGGCAAGACAGCGGGAUGUAUGUGCACAUCCCGAGAUCGGGGCUCGAAGCUGGAAAGGCUGCGAAUCCAAAGUACUACAAUGAAGAUGAGCUGAAGUAUCAUGGUCACAGGCCGAACAGGGGCGCUGCAACUAUAAACUUCAGAGAGAAGACAAAACUUCCAACGGGAUGUACCGGUCAAUGGCCAGCCACGUGCAACGACUGCCCCUACCAGGUGACCUGGGUCGUGGACGUGGCCAAUGACAUGGUCAACUUCACCAUCACCGCCAGGCUGAACGGGGCGAGGAGAUGGAUAGGGCUUGGAUUCUCACCUAAUGGGAGAAUGUCUUCUUCCGACGCUGUGAUCGGAUGGGUGGAUGGUUCCGAUUUUCACAUUUCUGAUAGGUUCAUCACAGGAUACAGUCCCCCACAAAUUGACACAGUGGAUAACUUAGUGGAUAAAUCAGGACAACUCACCAAUGGAGUGACUGAGAUAAAGUUCUCCCGUAAAAGAAAUACCAGUCAGCCUCAGGACUUCACCUUCACCGAUGCCGACACCGGGUGUCCGUUCUUGUUGUUUCCAGUGGGCGGGGCAUAUGACUCAUCAAGUCUGGCCAUCUCCCAACACGCAACCACGCCCCAGGUGUCCGCUCAGAGAAUAUGCUUCAGCAGCACCUGUGCAAGUUCUGGUGGUAAUGGCGCUCCUCAACCAUCACUGAAGUACGUUGCCUCACUGCGGUUUUUAAAUCUCCAGUAUUCACCCCAAUAUGCCAACAAGUCGUCGGAUGCAUUUAGGAACCUGAAGGGGCUUUUGGAAAGAGAGAUGAGCAAGCUUUCCAAACCUGGAACUAUUGACACCAUUGAAGUUGUGAAUAUAAGAUCGGGAAGCGUCAUUGCUGACUUUCAAGUAUCGUCCAAUACAACUAACGAAGAGACCUUAAAAGGCGAUACAGAGACGCUCUUCAAGUCUAUUCAGGCCAAUGGCAGAGUUGGUGACUACGCUGUGGACCCUGCCUAUCUAAUAGUUGAGAAUGCCGAUCAAGAAGAUACAUCAUUUGAGUUCCUUGCCUCACUUCGGUUUCCCGAUCUCACCUACGCACCUGACUAUGCCAACAAGAUGUCAACUGUCUUCAUGCUACUGAAGAACCAGUUAGACAACGAGAUGCAGAAUCUGCUGAAACCCAGUACUAUAAAGAGUAUAGAAGUAAUCAAAUUACGUAACGGAAGUAUCAUUGCUGACUUUCUGGUAAAAUCAACAUCAAGCGCAGCGAAUAAUGAAACAUUUCAAGAUGAUGUGAUCAACUUCUUCAAAUCUAUCCGGAUUAUCGGAAAUGUGGCUGGCUAUGCCGUCGAUCCCAUCUACCCCAUAGUUGAAGAGAUCAGCAGUCAAGAAGGACCUACAACAAUGCCAGAAGGUUGUAUGGGUCAGUGGCCAGCCGUAUGUGACAGUUGCAGGUACCAAGUAAAAUGGGUCGUUGAUACGGCUAAUGACGUAGUCAACUUCACCAUUACCGCAAGGUUGGAGGGACAGAGGAAAUGGAUUGGACUUGGAUUCUCACCAACAGGGAGAAUGAGUAACUCCGAUGCGGUUAUCGGAUGGGUGGAUGAUUCGGACAUUCAUAUCUCAGACAGGUAUAUAGUUGGCUACAGCCCACCUGCAAUAGAUACGGAGGACAACCUGUUUGAUAAACGAGGGACAGUACAAAAUGGUGUCACUGAGAUAAAGUUCUCACGUCCAAGAAAUACCAGCCAGAUACAAGAUUUCACCUUCACCGAUACUGACUGUCCGUAUUUGCUGUUCCCUGUGGGUGGUGACUAUAACACAGGGGACAAGAGUGUAUCCAGACACGCUACAACACCAUCUGUGUCCGCACAAAGAAUCUGCUUCAGCAGUACAUGUGCUCGUCAAGAACCAAGACCGUCAUAUGAGUUCGUCGUCUCCUUGAGGUUCCCAAGUCUUCAAUACUCAUCCGAAUACGCCAAUAAGAUGUCAACUAUUUACUUGCUACUGAAGAACUCGUUUGAUAAAGAGAUGCAGGGCUUUCCGAAACCAAAAAGUAUCAACAGUAUUGAAGUAAUCAACUUACGGAAUGGAAGUAUUAUCGCCGACUUUCUGGUAAAAUCCUCUUCCAAUGCAACGAACAAUGAAACCUUUCAAGGCGAUGUAAUGGCGUUCUUCAAGUCUGUCCAGGUUGUUGGAAAUGUUGGUCCUUAUCGUGUUGAUCCUUCCUACCCCCUAGUCAAGUCGGAUGAUCCUCCAGAAGAACGUCCAGCGAUGCCAGAAGGUUGUAUGGGUCAGUGGCCAGCCGUGUGCGACAACUGCAGUUACCAAGUGAAAUGGGUCGUUGAUGUGGCUAAUGAUGUAGUCAACUUCACCAUUACCGCCAGGCUGGAGGGACAGAAGAAAUGGAUUGGACUUGGAUUCUCACCAACAGGGGGAAUGAGUAACUCGGAUGCAGUUAUCGGAUGGGUGGAUGAUUCCGACUUUUAUAUCUCAGACAGAUAUAUAGUUGGCUACAACCCACCUGCAAUAGAUACGGAGGACAACCUGUUUGAUAAACGAGGGACAGUACAAAACGGUGUCACUGAGAUAAAGUUCUCACGUCCAAGAAAUACCAGCCAAAUACAAGAUUUCACCUUCACCGAUACUGACUGUCCGUAUUUGCUGUUCCCUGUGGGUGGUGACUAUAACACAGGAGACAAGAGUGUAUCAAAACACGCUACAAAACCAUCUGUGUCCGCACAAAAAAUCUGCUUCAGCAGUACAUGCGCGAGUAAAGAACCAAGACCGUCAUAUGAGUUCGUCGUCUCCUUGAGGUUCCCAAGUCUUCAAUACUCACCCGAAUACGCCAAUAAGAUGUCAACUGUUUACUUGCUACUGAAGAACUCGUUUGAUAAAGAGAUGCAGGGCUUUCCGAAACCAAAAAGUAUCAACAGUAUUGAAGUAAUCAACUUACGGAAUGGAAGUAUUAUCGCCGACCUUCUGGUAAAAUCCUCUUCCAAUGCAACGAACAAUGAAACCUUUCAAGGCGAUGUAAUGGCGUUCUUCAAGUCUGUCCAGGUUGUUGGAAAUGUUGGUCCUUAUCGUGUUGAUCCUUCCUACCCCCUAGUCAAGUCGGAUGAUCCUCCAGAAGAACGUCCAGCGAUGCCAGAAGGUUGUAUGGGUCAGUGGCCAGCCGUGUGCGACAACUGCAGUUACCAAGUGAAAUGGGUCGUUGAUGUGGCUAAUGAUGUAGUCAACUUCACCAUUACCGCCAGGCUGGAGGGACAGAAGAAAUGGAUUGGACUUGGAUUCUCACCAACAGGGAGAAUGAGUAACUCGGAUGCAGUUAUCGGAUGGGUGGAUGAUUCCGACUUUUAUAUCUCAGACAGAUAUAUAGUUGGCUACAACCCACCUGCAAUAGAUACGGAGGACAACCUGUUUGAUAAACGAGGGACAGUACAAAAUGGUGUCACUGAGAUAAAGUUCUCACGUCCAAGAAAUACCAGCCAGAUACAAGAUUUCACCUUCACCGAUACUGACUGUCCGUAUUUGCUGUUCCCUGUGGGUGGUGACUAUAACACAGGAGACAAAAGUGUAUCCAAACACGUUACAACACCAUCUGUGUCGGCACAAAAAAUCUGCUUCAGCAGUACAUGCGCGAGUAAAGAACCAAGACCGUCAUAUGAGUUUGUUGUGUCUUUGCGGUUCCCAAGUCUUCAAUACUCACCCGAAUACGCUAAUAAGAUGUCAUCUGUUUACUUGCUACUGAAGAACUCGUUUGAUAAAGAGAUGCAGGGCUUGCUCAAACCAAAAAGUAUCAAAAGUAUUGAAGUAAUCAACUUACGGAAUGGAAGUAUUAUCGCCGACUUUCUGGUUAAAUCGUCUUCCAAUGCAACGAACAAUGAAACCUUUCAAGGCGAUGUAUUGUCGUUCUUCAAGUCUGUCCAGGUUGUUGGAAAUGUUGGUGGUUAUAGUGUUGACCCUUCCUACCCCCCAGUCAAGUCGGAUGAUCCUCCAGAAGAACGUCCAGCGAUGCCAGAAGGUUGUAUGGGUCAGUGGCCAGCCGUAUGUAACAGUUGCAGGUACCAAGUGAAAUGGGUCGUUGAUGUCGCUAAUGACGUUGUCAACUUCACCAUUACCGCCAGGUUGGAGGGGCAGAAGAAAUGGAUUGGACUUGGAUUCUCACCAUCAGGGAGAAUGGGUAGCUCGGAUGCAGUUAUCGGAUGGGUGGAUGGCUCCAACGUUUACGUAUCAGAUAGGCACAUCAUCGGCUAUAACCCACCUGCACUAGAUGCUGAGCAGGACCUGCUGGAUACUCGGGGAACAUUUAAUGAUGGUGUUACUGAGAUAAUGUUCUCUCGUAAAAGAAAUACCGGUCGAGAUGAAGAUUUUACCUUUACCGACACCGACUGUCCAUACUUGCUGUUCCCCGUAGGCGGUGGCUACAACACAGCUGACAAGAGUAUCUCCAAGCAUGACACAACGCCCCAGGUGUCAGCGCAAAGAAUCUGUUUCAGCAGUAAAUGUGGCAGUAAUGCUACAAGACCAACGUUUGAGUUUACAGCCUCCUUGCGUCUUACCAACCUUCAGUACACAUCUGACUACGCCAACAAGCUGUCAAAUGUUUUCAAACUGCUGAAAAGCCAGUUAGAUAAAGAGAUGGAUGCUCUGCCGAAACCGAGUACAAUAAAGCAAAUUAAAGUUAUCAACUUACGGGAAGGAAGUGUCAUUGCCGAUUUCCUCGUUACAUCCAGUACAGAGAGCAAUCAGACCUUUCAAGAAGAUUCACUGAAGUUCUUCCAAUCUGUGCAGACUGUUGGCAGUGUUGCAGGACACAACCUUGAUACUUCCUACCCCAUAGUAAAGGGUGAUGUGCAGCCAGGUUCGACGGACCAGUUGGAAGGUAAAUGCACAGGCCAAUGGCCUGCUACCUGUAGCAGUUGUCCCUAUCAGGUCAAAUGGGUAGUGGACGUUGUUAAAGACGAGGUCACCUUUACCAUCAUCGCCAGGUUGAAUGGCCAGCGGAAAUGGAUAGGUCUUGGGUUCUCGCCAAGUGGUGAGAUGGACAAAGCUGAUGCCGUGAUAGGAUGGGUGGAGGGAUCCAGUGUCCAUGUUUCAAACAGGCACAUCACCGGCUAUAACCCACCUGCCCUUGAUGCCGAGCAAAACCUGUUGAAUACUCGGGGAACACUGGUCAAUGGUGUCACUGAGAUUACGUUCUCUCGUAAAAGAAAUACCGGUCGAGAUGAAGAUUUUACCUUUACCGACACCGACUGUCCAUACUUGCUGUUCCCCGUAGGCGGUGGCUACAACACAACUGACAAGAGUAUCUCCAAGCAUGACACAACGCCCCGGGUGUCAGCGCAAAGAAUCUGUUUCAGCAGUAAAUGCCCUGGUAAUGUUGAGGUCGUCAAAGAAGAAACUGCUCCGGUUCCAGCCCCGGCUCGCGACCACGUCGUGGCCAUCAUCGUCUGCAUUAGCGUCGUCUUGUGCUUCCUCGGCGUCGUCGUCACAAUCUAUAAAAUCGUGGAGAUGAGGAAUAAGAAGUUGUCCUCGAAAGAAAAACCGCGCCAGGAAGACAGGAUAAAAUUAGACCCCAGAGAGGAGAGACCAUACAUCAACCACGCCUACCUCCCUCACGCCAGAAGGAACUCACCGCGCACGACAUACUCACACUUCAUGCCCGACAUUGCAGGCAAUGGCAGGAAACAUUACGACAGAAGAGUAACCAACGAUGUGUACCUGCCUUGAAUUAUUUACCCAUUCGCCUGUGUAUGAGAAAUCCCAAAAUAUAAACAGUCUAAAUAUUAAUUGUUGUUUUUUAUGAUUUUAUGUCAUUUUGUAUAAAUAUAUGUUUAAAUGAUGAGAGAUCUUAAAUUUAAUUUUAUAUUUAUAUGUCAGAUGCUUUAGGAUUUUUCUGUAAGUUUAACAAACGAUUAAUAAACCAAGGUUGGGAUUUUCAGAUAACUUAAACAGUAUUUUGUAGUGUAAGCCUCGCGGUUGGGGACUUUAUAACUGUAUUAUUUUGAAACAUGCAUAUAUUCAAUCAGUUGGAUCAAACUAACCCAAUGGUGAGUCUUAUAGAAAGUCUCAAUUAAAUCCAAAUUCUUUCCUGUCUGCAAGCCUUCCACGUGUAUUUAUAUAUAUUUUUUAUAUAUUGUUAUUUGAAAUAGAAUCAGGAUAGCCGGUAAUGUUAAGCCUAUCCAACUCCUUCAUACGUGUAUUUUGUUUCGUUCACAUUUCACUUAAUACAUGUAUGUGUCCUGCUUCAGCAGCAAGAACUAGCCCUGAAACUUUGUUACAGAUAAUUGUUAUUCAUACAAAAUGUCCUUACAUCACGUCAAAUAAAGUUUUCAAACAAUU